UUCCAAAAUGGCUGACACAGAACGCACAGGACCGAAGCUGCGUAGCGAGGAGGCAACUGAAUACCUAGAUAAACAUCGUGUACUGGAACUUUUUAAUAAUUUAACAUCUCAGUUGAUAUAUUCAAGACCUGAUGAUCCGAAAGCCUUUUUGAUAGAGUCUUUGGAAAAACUGCAGAAAUCCAGAACAUCAAAGCUGAACUAUCCAUGCUUAUUUGAUGAGUCUAACAUCUCAUCUGUCUUUGGUAUGCUGGACCCAACUGGACGUGGCUAUGUGACUGUAAAGCAGUACCAGGAAGCGAUGAUAACACUUGGAGCCAAGGACUAUGAUGAGAAUCCACAUGGAUCUGACAUCGAUAGGAUCACCAUUGACAUAUUUUUGCGGGAAGCGAAACUUGGUCUUGCAAAUGCAUCAGCAACGUUCUCUGAGCUGUAGUGCUAAUUGCAUCAACUGCAUUGUCUUGCGCGAAUGAACAUAAAUGUGUAUAUUUGUGAGGGAAAACUUGUAAUUUUAAGAAACGCUGAUAUUGAUAGCGGUGUAUUCCACAGUGUGUCAAUAUUCAAGUGUCAUUUUUUUUUCAAGAAUUCUGUGUUUGACUGUAUGCUUAUUUAAAUAUAUGCGUGUGUUUAUGAGAAGAAAUCAGCUGAUAUCUUGUAUGCAUGAAAGAUCUGAAUAUUUUUGGUAAACUGAGAAUAGAAGGAUGCAUGUGUAUGCAUGAAUAUGCCUGAGCGCACUAGGGCCUUUGUGAUUGUCUGUGGGCAUAUUUUUACCCAUUGUAUGAGGUAUAUGAUAAAAUCAUGUGAUAUGUAAAAUAGAGCACAACAUGGGUUCAUGACACUAUCUGUGAAAGCUGAUGCAAGCUUCAGAUCUACAAAUCAGAGCAAUAGGCUUAUUAUUAAUUUUUUUUUUGGGGGGGGGGGAGGGGGGGGGUAAAUAUUUUAAAUGUCAAUGAAACUCAUCUUUUAUAAAGAGAAUAUUUGAUUGUUUUUUGGUUUGGGGUUUGUUGGUUUUUAAGAGGAAAGGGUAUGCACUCUGUGGGGGAGGGGGGGGGGGGGGGGGAAUCAAAAGUAAAACAAUUGUAGGAUCAAAUUUUGUCAUUUUUAAAAAACAGAAAAAGCAUUAUUUGUGACUUUACAAAUUGUUUAUCUUGCAAAAUUUUGGACAGCAUGUUUUUACUGUACUAUUUAAAAAAUAAACAAUUGAAAAUGAA